AGGACACUAUGAGCCCCGCUCGAACCCUGUACAAUAUAACUAGGUAAAUGCACACACACACACACACACACACACACACUUAACACAGUACGACUGAUGGUGUAUAUGUUUCUUUAUUGCCGGUGUUUAUCUUAAAGAUUAACCACUACAUCUGGUAUCAUAAUUUUCAAUAAUAUCAAUAAGAUAAAUUGAUGUAAGAUGGAACCAUAAUUUUCUCAUGUAAGUGUUAUUGCUUAUAAGCAUUAAACUAAUCUUUAUUGUGAAACCUAAUAGUGAAUGUCUGAUCAUAAUCAUUAGCAUCAUCACCGUCUGACACACAGCAAUGACAAAACCCAGAUCAUCCAAAGGAAACUCUCGGAGCGUGUGAUCGUAGCUGCCACGCACCCAUUCCCUCCCGCCACUCAAAGCGUCUCCGAAGCAUGCAGGAAACGAUGGCCGCCCUGCUGGUGCUCCCGAAGCUGGACGGGGCGUGGAGCUUAACGUACCCACUUGACAGGACAAACACAAAAAUUCUGCUCCAUGACUUUCCUAGGCAAGGUGCAGCACGGGACGAUCACCAACAUAACGAUAUGAACGACAGGAUGAUGCAAGGUGACGACACGCACCACGCCAUCAGCAAAGUGAAUCAACCACUCCACACGACAAUACACUCAGCGAGCGGUGAGGGCAGCAGUGCUGCAGCCAAUAGUAGCGGCGACGAAGUUCGCGGCAGGCAGGCACGCUCGUGCCCAGGAGGAUACAGCCCAGAGGCGGCGGCCUUCACCUUCGCUGGCUUCAUCAUACUUAUAGGCCAAGGCAUCGUUAAUGUAAUCAAUGUCAUCAAUAACAACAAUAACAACAACAAUAACAACAAUAACAACAAUAAUGACAAUAAUAACAAUAACAAUAACCUGAACAACAACGACCUAGUGGUGGUGAACAACCAGGCGGCCCACUUGGGCAUGGCGCGCAGGGCCGCAGAUUCACGCGGCAUGGGGAUAUCACACCAUUAUGAUGCUCAUGCGCACGUGUUGCCCCAAGCAUUGUUUCCUGCAGAAAGACGCGGGCAUACAGAUACACACGAGACCGUAACAAAAGCAGCAGCCAACGAAAACAAGUAAAAUGUGUCUGCAGUAAGUCUCGUUCACCAAGGUCGAUUUUCUCUGCCAAUCGCAGAGCAGAGCCUUAGAGACUAGAGAGGCUGUGUCGAGCGGCAAGCAACACCUAACACAAACUCAGCUACUCGCGGCUGCUGGCGGCGGUUGCUCUGGUAAGGUGGGAUGCAGUAAGCAGCACGACAUUAGCGUGUCAACCACACUCAACCUGAGAGCAGUGCAGUGUCCACUUACCACGCUCCUUUAACUUUUAUAAUAAUAUUAAUCUUAGUAAUUUUCCCUCAUGUUAGUGGUACUACAGGAAAAGCUCAUAAAUGGUAUAAGCCAGAGUGAUGAAAAUGCAAAACAGUAGAUACAUUCUGCGUUUCACCGAAUUGAGCCCCGAGCAGAGGCAAAGGUUUUCCACGAGACUCAUUUUCCCCCAUCCACCCGUCACUCCCUCCCAAGGCCUAUUUCUAUAUCUCUUUCACAACUUGUGCGACCUGUUGUGCAAUCUAUGCAAUUAAUGCAAUUUGUGCAACCAAAGCAAGCAAUACAACCUGGUCACAUUGGUUGCCUUGGUUGUAUGAAUUGCAUUGGUCGCAUGCAACCAGGCAUUAAUCAACCAUCAUCCUUUCUUUUUAGUACCCUCCAUUCGCUUCCAUCAUUUAUCUUUAUUAGUAUUGUAUGAACCAGUGGUUCUCAAUCUAGGGGCCAUGGCGGGCUGUUAUAAAUUAAACAUUUCUAGUAAAUAGUAAUGUUAAGUACCUGGAGAAAAAAAAAAAAAAAAACUGCAUCCGCAACUCUUGCCAACCAAGUUCAAGUUUCCCUAUGUCCAAUUGUGUUUUGUAGUUCAGUAAUGUACAUAAGUUAAGCAUAUCACAGAAAUCUAUCAAAAGAAGAUAAUUAUGACUUCCAAAUUUGUGAUAAAGGAAAGGUGUUCUCUAGCAUUUUAUUAAUAUAAUUGUUUUAUUUAUCUAUUUUUACUUUUUGGUAGGAUAAUAUUUGGGAGAAAACUGAAGAGGAGCCAAAUGAAUGUUGAGAAAACAUGAGGAAGGAAUGGAUAGAAAAAGAUUGAGAACCACUGGUAUAGACAAUAACAUGUAGAUGGACAUACAUAUUUAUUCUAUCUUUGAGGAAAACAAAUACAAAAAUUCAUAUACUAUUAUAUUUUCAAUUCAAAUACUUUUCACUUGACCAAAGUUUUAUCUCACGUGUGUAAAGUCUGUGACAAAUCCAGAUGGCUUCUUACAUAUAAACCACUUGAUUUGUGUGAUAUGAAACUUUCUAGACCUUACAUAUGCUAUGACAAAACUCAUCACCACACUCUUACUUCUGUCACUUACUACUAUUGACUGAUGGGUCACUCACUAAGUGACUGUUUACAUGUGGAAGACCUGUGGAGUGUGACCUGGUGGGACACUCCACAACCUAAUACUGUACUUUUAAACUUUCUUUUUUCUCUAUUAUAGUUUGUAAACCAAUUUUAAUGUUCCAAUGAGUAUUGUAGCAUUUGUAAAUUCUCAGUGCAUAGUUAUUGACUCCCAAAGAAAGAAAUAUAAAGAAUAUAUAUAUAUAUAUAUAUAUAUAUAUAUAUAUAUAUAUAUAUAUAUAUAUAUAUAUAUAUAUAUAUAUAUAUAUAUAUAUAUAUAUAUAUAUAUAUAUAUAUAUAUAUAUAUAUAUAUAUAUAUAUAUAUAUAUAUAUAUAUAUAUAUAUAUAUAUAUUGUCUCAAUAAAAUUAAGCCUAUUUUCCUCAUCAAUGACUGACCCUCACUACUUUGAUGUAUUGUACAUGCAGUUUAACAUUUAACAAAUUGCUAUUAAAAUUUACAAAUAGGUACAGGUAUAUCUACAAUAUAUGUAAGUAUGUAUUUAUGCAUAUAUAUGUGUAUGUACGUAUAUAUAUAUAUAUAUAUAUAUAUAUAUAUAUAUAUAUAUAUAUAUAUAUAUAUAUAUAUAUAUAUAUAUAUAUAUAUAUAUAUAUAUAUAUAUAGAACUUGAUCCACAAAGUUUAAUUUUGAGCAAAUUUAAUAUUUUCUAACAUAAAAAUACCUCUAACACAGUCCAUUUAUUAGUGACAGUGAUUCUCACAUCUUGUCCACAUGUCUUCAGCCUUCACACUACGCAAGGUGUGAAUAAAAUAAUGCAAGACUACUAUGAAAAUAUAACCAAUAAAAAUAAUAUUCUAUUAUAAGAAAAACCAUAUAAAAUCAUCUCCACAAGGUGAGAUAAGAGAGAUUAUUGUAUGCUUUGAUGUGUUAUGACAAUUCCUUCCAUUCAUUCUCUCUCUCUCUCUCUCUUACACACACACACACACACACACACACACACACACACACACACACACACACACACACA